AUGCCUCACCCCCACAACCCCAUCAACCCUUCUCGAGCCGCCCAAGCCCAAUCGGAUAACCAGCACUCUGCAACAUCAGCGAACGAGCAGGGCUCAUCGGCACUGACUAUCUACCAGCUCAAGCCGCCGGAAUGGCGGCUGCCCACCCAACUCAACCGGCCCGAGCUGGGCUACCCCGGCUUGCAUCCGACUCACCCUGGGCAACACGAGGAUGCGAUCACGAAGUCGUUGGUCCAAUGGGGCUUUUCGGCCCAGAUGCUCGUCUCAACUGAAUCGUUCUCAGCCCAUCAGAUGAUCUAUAAGAAAAUUACCGAUGAGGCUACAUUCAACGUUUCCUCCUCCGCCCUUUCGGCCUUAAUCGAGGCUAGACGCAGGUAUUAUGCCAUCAGCAGCUACGAUACCGAGUCCACAAUCAAAGUGCCUGGACGUGUUACGCUCAAUGAACAGAAGCGGGAAAACUGGCUGCGGGAGCUGGCUGAUAACUCGGUUCCACUACUGAAACUCUCCAAAAACGUUCCUCACGGAUUCAAAGGGGAAAAAUUGUUGGAGAUGCUCGUCACACGCAAGAUAGAUUCCACGCGGGCAACCUGGUACAUUCGACUGAUCGGAUUGAAUGAAAUCAAUGCCCAAAGAAACAAGAACGAGCUCAGUCACAUCCGAUACACACUUUCUUUUACAUCCGAUGUUUGCCAGUUCCUUUACAAGCAACUCUCAGAAGUCACUGUGCCCUUACAAAUGAAUCUAUCAUCAUCCACUACAAGCUUGAUCACCACCAGCAGUCGCUUGGCUGCGAUGAAUGUAAGAAGUAAGCCGAGGUCGAGUACUCUCUCAGAUCCCGAAACAAGGAAACAUUGGGUUGCCAAAUGGAAUCAAAGUCGCAUGCUGCUGAAGCGGUUGUAUUUUGAGUCUCUGCUCGAUCAGCCCACAUUCUUCAAAUGGCUCAUAGAUCAAUUGAAGACUGCCAACCUCGCCCAAAUCAACUUCCUACUCGAAAUUCAUCACUCAGUACUCGAGCGCUUCAGUCUAUCUUCUAACUUGGUCAGAGGCUUCGUCGAAGCUUGUUUGUCCCAGAUUCGCUUCAUUGCCAAGCAAACUUCAACCUUGUUUUUGUCGAAGCUGGAGCGUAGGCUCAAGUUGGCUGUUCAGAGUGCCUUCAUUUUCUCUCCUGAUAAUUUCGUUUGGCCCGAUAUAUGGAUUUCAAACAAGGUAUUACUCGAAGACAUCAUAUUGGCCAAUUCUUCACCCAGCUCAGAGACCCAUCAACUUAGGGAAAUGUUGAAAGGCGACUUUUAUGCUGUCAAUUGGCGAAUAAGCGAGUUGAUUGGUGAAGUGGGCAUCGGGACUGGAGUUGUUGUUAAUAUUUUCACUCGGCGGGCCCAGUUAGUCGAGAUCCUGGACAGUUAUACAGAUUACAACGAUUGUUCAAAGCUUUAUUAUAAAUAUUUUCUCAACCCAUCAGUAGCCGGUCAUAUUUCGGUGUCCUUCAAAGACAGGCUGGAAGUUCUACUCUCUUGGGCGACGACGUUUUUACGCGCCUCUGACAAAAGAGUCCACUUGGUCGCCAGCACGUUGUCAUGCGUAAAACACGAUUACAAGAAAAAUGCAGACGAGUUUCAAAAUAUCCUCGUUGGUUGGUUGGAACAGAUCGAAAGUAUCGAAGGCGGCGACUUGUUGGUCCGACUAUUCUCAGAACUUUCACGUCGGAAUAUUUUUUCCUAUGGCGCUUACGUACAACGAAUGGUAGCCAAAGGUGAUACUGAAUGCGAUAUCGUGCCAGGAAAGGCAAGCGGCUUACAGGCCUUACUGAGUGAAUGGAUGCCAUUAGCGUCAUCAAAGGCGUCUAGAGAGCGAAGCAGUUCUAUCAAACGCUCACCUGGUCGUGACUCCGCGCGAAAUGGACUGAUGGCUAUUAUCGCUGAUUUCAACUCCGCUAUAGCUUCUGCAGACUACGGAAGAUUCACCUCACUACUUAAACGCCGACUUGAUGUUCGCCAACCAAGUUCAGCUAACAGGAAAUUACUAGCCGAAAUCUUACCUAACGCCCUCGUCAAUCUUGUCAGCGAACUUGCCUUUCCUAACCUCUCGGGUUCAGGUUUUCUCGUCGGCAAAGCUCCUAACCAUCCCCAGAUGGCAUCUGCCCUGCUCACCUGGGCAAUUCAACUCAUCGAAGCCUGCCAGGCGUACACUGCACUCUUCGAGAUUAUGCAGAGAAUCGUCCAGAUCGAUUUGAGCCGAUUGGAAGCCCUGCGGGGCGAUGAAAGAGCAUGCGCCGACCUCAAGAUUCUGGAGAUCAACGGACAACUCGCCGAUCUCAUAUCCCGAUUAUUCGCCAUCUAUGUCCACUUUCGUCGCUUGAUUGGGGGCACAUUUCCAGUCGUUCGUGGGUUCGUGCGAUAUCUGCGAAACCUUGUGAUCGAAAGUAACGCCGUCGACGGGCAAAUUCUGGAAGUCCUGCACAAGGAAUACCACCCGGUCUCUGAUGAAAUGAUGACGGCCCCCCCUGGUGGAGAGACAUUGCCCUCUCGUACCCGAGAGAUCCUUCAAUUAAUUCAAUCCCCUUCAACAGACCAAGCUUCGCAGUUGGUGCUCAAAUAUUGGCAAGAAUAUCGAUCGGACAUGGACUGGGGACCGGUACUGUGGAACUCUUUAAUAGCUGCACUCAAAAUAUAUUCACAGGAAGAAUUCGAAGAACCCCUCUCACAAAACACCGGCGAUAGCGCGCAGGUUACAAGUAAAAAUUGGGGGCACUUCCGGGAAGUAAUCAUGCAGUUUUGUGAAGAUCUCGACGUGCUUUAUGAGGAAGGACUGAUUGGCUGCCUUAUGAGAGCCGGACAUACCAACUAUCCCCAUUCGGACGAUGAGGGGCUGUUUUCCCAACCAGUGGAUAAAUCUGACGUCAAAAUGACAUCUGAAGAAGAGGAGGGCGAAGAGGGCGAAGAGAUAGCGGCGGAGGGCCCAAGCCUGAAAUCUCUGUUCUUUCACAAUCCGCGGUCUCUCUGUCGAAACAUCCGUCGCUUAAUUAUUGAACUCAUGUCGUGCGGUCUGAUAAGCAUCGAAGUGGGUCUCGAAGAGUAUGCAAUACGUCCCCUGGCUGACGAUAUACCGCAACUGUUGGUAAACCUCUGUGGAGAUAAUAGCUCAGAUUUUCAUCGUGCCCCUCAAACGACGCAAGCAGAGGAAGCGUUACGCCAAGUCAAACAGAUUUACGAACUCGUCAACGAAGCACUAUCUGAGCAGCAUACCGAUCGAUGCUCUCCGGUUUCACACUCGCCAGACAAAGAAUUUGCGGUGAUGAUGACCCCAUCACAUUCUCGUUCGGAAGGUCAUCAGAGUUUCACAAACCAAGGCACCCCAGAAGUUUCCUUCAAAUCUAAAGAUGUAGAGCACGCGAUUGAGGAAUAUGUCAGGACUUGGAAACUGAGCGUCGAACGGAAACUCUGGUUUGAGCAGAGUGAUGAAGGAUCCGCAUUUUGCAGCCGUUUGCUGCUAUCCUUGCUUAUUUCAAUCAAAACUGUUUCAGAACUUUCGCUUGAUCCCGAGGCGCCAGAAAAUCCAGCCGGUCAACAACGCGAGUCUUUCGCGCAGCUGAUCGCAAGAAUUCUCGAUGUCUUUGAAAGUCUGAGAGGUACUGUUUGCCGUGGCUCCAACCUUCUCCGAAGACAGAUUCCAGCUCAGUCUGCAGUUUUCUUGAAUCCGAUGUUGGACUUCGUCAGCAAGAAUGAUCUGGGUACCAUCUUUCACACAAAGUUGAUUCAUUCAAUCGAUGAGCUUUUACCCUAUUCCCAGCCGACUGACCUCGUCAAUCAAAAGUAUCCUUAUUUAGAAUCAAUCUUCAAAGCCACUUGUAUUUUUAAUUACGCAGCCCGCACCAGACAAUUUCAACUUCAUAUACGUGUUUUAAUGUCGAAAAAUCCUCCCCAGAUGACAACUAACAAAGAAGCACCACUCGAUCUCACCAGUACACUGGGAGCACUUGUAGAGACGAUGGCUAAGCGACUACAUUUAACGGACUCGAAAGAUGCAUCGCCCUUCUUUCUAGAUUGUCUUCCGGAACAGGUAGCUGAAGCUUUAAUCCUAAAAUUGUCGUUGUAUUUGGGGAUGUCAAUUUGUAAACUACUUAGCCCCAAUAACACCGACUCAGCGCUUGAAAUUCUGCGUAUCCACCACAUAUGCAGAUGUAUUACCACCCUCACGAAUCAACUCACUGUGCGAACAUACCAACCUAAUGGUGAUGCCAUGAUCAAGGUGGUUGGUGGUUGCGGGCCGCUAGGCUGUAAUGCAACGGUCGAGUCUUACAUGUCAUAUUGGCAGCAGUUGAAGUCCGGCUUGUCACUCCUCAACACGCGCCUUACCGCCUCCGAACCAAGCGGGUUGAAUCCCAAGCGCAUGGAAUAUCGGAUCAUGCGCGCUCUACUCCAUUCAAUUCAGGUCGUGCUCUGGUCUUUACCUGGGCUUACUCAGCAUCUUGGAACCCUCAAACAGACGAUUGCCGAGAUUUGGAUCGAAAUAGCUCUGCGGGUACAAGGCGACUCUGCAUUACAGAAUCAGAUUAUGGACACCAUUAGUAUUUUACUUUUCCCCACAGUGCCGGACGAUUCCUGCUUAACAGCAACUAUGGGCAUUCUUAGGAAACGUUUUCGUUGGCUUUAUCUUCCCAUUCUCAACUUGGAUGACGGGGCCAACUUGGUCCCAAGCAAUCGACUGAAAUAUCUUCUUGGCUCCUCUCUGCGUGGCUCGAGCACAAUCUUCCAAGAGCGACUCGGGGAUGGCGCAGUGAAGUUUGUAGAGGAAAAACCGUGGGAAGAGUUAGAGAAGAUGGAUCUGAGUGGACCUGGGUUCAUCAGCAUCGACGCUUUGAAAUGCCAAACGUUGAGUCAUGUUGAGCAGAUCCCUGAGCCGAAAAGAUUGAUCAGCAGACAGCCCAAAUCGAAACGUGGAAACGCUGAGGGAGAAGAAACGAGGGCAGAAGAAAUCGAAAUAGGUGGCGAAAGAAGCUCUGAUCAACAGAUGGGAGGGGCACAUGGAUCCGAAGGAGAAGAAGAAGAAGCGCCCAUCCGAGGUGAAAGGCUUUGUUUUGAACACGAACUGAUAACUGAUGGACUAUCAACCAUGCCCCUGCACUUCUUAAGAUCACUCUUUCCACCUGCAAGUCGACUGUCUGGGGAAGAUUUGCUGGUGGCACAGGAGCAACAGAAGCUUGUCCAAGCGCACCAAGCCGAACAGACUCGAUUACAGCAGCAACAAGCAUCCAUCGGAGCCGUUGCUGAACAAGACUCUAGUCGGACCAAGAAGCGGAAAGGCUUGGGAUUGUCUCCAUUGGCCGUCGAUCAAAGCUCCUCAUCAAACACCGGGCCAACCUUACGAUCAGCGAGAAGUACCCGCAAGAAAAGCAGCGCGGCCGCCCCUGUUAAUCCGCCGACAACCUCAGGCUCUAAACGUGCAAAGAGACGUUGA